GUGGCAUCGUUUGUUUUGUAUUCGGUCUCAAGGAAUAGGGUUUGUUAACAGUGGAAGAAGAGUUUGCGAGUGUUAAAGGUUUGGACUUCGUGGAUUCUAUGAGAAUCAGUAUGAAAAAUAUUGCAUUAAUUAUAUUUUCAAUGAAAAAUCUCAAACUAUGAUUAGAAACUUUUCAACUUUCGUUUUUUAAAUUCACGCAACAACUGACAAAAUAGUUGCUAAAAACAUCACAUUUAAUCAACGACAAAUCUAUCAUCGAUAAAAUGUCUUCUCUUCAUUUUUGAUAAUUUCACACGAGCGACGCAUGAAAAAGUUGUGAUGGAUUGUUUAUACUAUGAUUUAUACAUGCAAUUAAUUAAUUAAUCUGCCAUAUUUGUCGGUUAACUUUACUAGAGAAGUGGAAGUAAUUUUAACGGAUGGCUAUUCUUACUUCAAAACUUUUAGAGUUCUGUCAACUCAUAAUUAGAUGCUCGUUGAUUACAUAAAAUUCAUAGAUCCAUUCUACCAAAACUGCAUUUUCUUUCGCAUAAUCUCAUAUUAUUUGUUUUCUAACUAUAUUUUUCUAAAAUAUAUAUUAAUUUAAGGGUUCAGAAAAUCUUAUCGCGUUGAUUAACUCGUCAGUUAUUAGUUUUGUUAGGCUAAAUGUAAGUGUAAUAGCUAUUUUUUGGCUACUGUUAAUUUGUUGCAAAAUUGAAUAAUUUUUGGAUUAUUUAUAGAUGCAGUGUCGUUUUCUCUUAAUAAUAAUGAAAAUUUUAUAUGUUAGAAGUAACUUGCUAGAAUUAUGAUUAUCAGAACAUAAUAUUACUAGUCAGAAAACAAAAUUUAUUCAGACUCAAUUUUUUGUUCUUAAUGAUUUUUCAGCUAACUGUGUUCUAUUUGUUUUAAUAGUUUGUCUAAAAAAUGUUUUUCUUUGCGAAUCAAAUAAUCUCAAAAUUUACCGUGAAUUCUUGGAUAUAACGAUUGAUAUCCAUCAACUCUUGAAGGUCUCAUUGAAGACACAUUUUGAUUAUAAUCUGCUGUAGUUAAAACUUCUUGCCGUUGUAUUUGGGCAGUUGAAGCAGAGAAAGCAGCAAAUCGCGGUUCCCCACAACAUGAACAUCGUUUCGCUGAUGUUAAGUUAGUUGCCGAACAUUCAUCGCAUUUCCAUGUAUCUUCUUUUUUUUCAGUUCUAUGCUCAUUUCUUGCCGGUGAAGCAGCAGGUGUACCACUUCGUGCCUAA